ACGGCUACGGCCUACGGGGAAAGCAACUGUGGCAAGUACGGAGAAUGCAAGUGCAACCGUCCGGCACGGAGGCACAAAAGAAAGCCGCCGACGAAACGAAAGCGCCUGCCACCUGCGGGUGCUCCCCAUCCGGUCCAGGUGCAUGCAUCUUUCCCUCCUCCUCCCCACAUCACAAUCACCGUCCUCCUCUAUAACCGCGCCUCCCCUCCACUCUUUCUCUCUCGAGUCAUCUUCUUCCUGCCCAAUACGGCGAGCAUCGGCGGCGGCGACCCAAGCAGGUUGACCUCGCCCCUUCACCGACCAGCGGGUCGUACAGCAAGCCGAUCCAAUUCCUCCGGGCCUCGGCGUUUCACUUCGCCAUUUCGUUGAACUGCUGGAAGACACGUCGGUGCACACUAGAUUUGGAUUGGGGAGAGGAGAAGCGACAGCUUUCGGAUGUGCAAAUGUGCCUAGGUUGGUUUCAAACAUAGGAGUAUAUUCAGUACCCAUUUAUUACCAAUUCGUAACUAUCUUCUUCGACUUAUUGUAUUCAAGGGACCCCUUGAUAUGUUAGACAAAAAAGAAGAAGCUACAUUAACAAAUAUCGAAAGCCUGUAAAAUCUUUUACCAAUAGAUGGUGCUGAUAAGGACGUAGUGAUAGAUUUCCUACUUGUGUAUGGGUACCUCCUCAGACAUAGCAAAAUUAAAGCCUGGUCCAGCUAUGCCCAAAGUACAAAUGUGUUGGGAGAAGUGAGCAGCAACUGUACUUGAGGAAGAACUUGUAUCAGUGGUAAAGAUAUUAUGGUUUCGGGACCCAUUGCUUGCACUCUUACGUCCACGUUCGGUGUAUUACAUAGUGACAUUGCCAUAUGAAAUUGUAAAGUAAAUAAAGGUUGAUAAGCUGUGAGGUUGAAGCUAGAGACGCCGCUGUUUUAAGUUUCUUCAAGGACAAGGGAACAUUAAUGUCACCUAAAGUACUUUCCUCGAUGGAGGUUGAAGCUGGUUUUGCUGGCGAUGGCGUCGGUUCAAAUAAUGGACCACAAGACAUGUGGUCACUUGGCGAGAUAGAUCCAAAAAGAGCAAGGUUCCCGUGCUGCAUUGUCUGGACUCCUCUUCCUGUAGUUUCAUGGCUUGCUCCUUACAUAGGGCAUGUCGGAAUCUGUCAGGAGGACGGGGCUGUCUUGGAUUUUGCUGGUUCGAAUUUGGUGAGCGUGGAUAAUUUUGCUUAUGGUUCAGUUGCCAGAUACCUCCAGCUUGACAGAAAGAAGUGCUGCCUUCCCGUUAAUCUUGCAGAACACGUAUGCAAGCAGUCUUACAACCAUUCAGAAUUAGGAGCAGCGAUAUCAUGGGACGAUGCUCUGCGAUCGAGCAUGAGACGCUUCCAGCACAAGUACUACAACCUGUUCACCUGCAACUGCCACUCGUUUGUGGCGAGCUGCCUGAACCGGCUUGCCUACAAUGGCUCCCUGGAGUGGAAUGUCUUGAACGUGGCUGCCCUUGUCUGGUUUCAUGGCCGAUGGGUGGACAGAAUGUCUUCCGUUCGGUCGUUCUUACCUGUCCUAACCGUGACAUGCAUCGGCAUCUUAAUGGCUGGCUGGUCUUUCCUGCUAGGGAUGGCAGCGUUCUCUGCUCUUCUGAUUGGAUGGUUUGUUUUCACAGUGUACUGCGUUAAGGGUUUGGUAUGUUGACUGGAAAAAGAAUUACUGAAAGCACUCCAUUAGUGCAUUGCAGUCUAGGAAUUAUGGAUGUAAUCGCUGUGCUGGAGUCAGGUAAAUCACUCGUGUCCUCAGCCUCAGUGAUUCAGACCUGUGCAAGUUCGUCAAACAAAAAAAUUGACCUAUGGAGGUGGUCUGGAGAUAAUUUGGUUCAUGGCAAGUUCGUCAAUUUAUUUAGUGCUGUUCCAAGGAAAAAAGAAAUUCUUUUGAUUCAAGCAUCUCUUUCUGAACUUAACAACUUGAUGUAUUAGUUUUAUAUUUAAUAUUCCAAGAAAUCACAUCAUAGUA